UCACGGGGCCGGUUUUCCAGGAUUGCUGCGGGAGUCGGAGGCUGCAGGGCGGUGUGAGAGGACCAGGCUGCCGGAGCGAGCACCCGCUGUGCCUGUGUUCGGCCUCCCCGCGUCCUUUGGGGGAAUUUUCAAACUGUGCUGAUAAACAAGCGGCCGAAUCCCGGGAGUUGAGACCCAGACGAGACCUGAGCUCGGUGCGAUGGAGGAUGGGAAGCCGGUGUGGGCGCCCCACCCAACGGACGGGUUCCAGCUGGGAACCAUCGUGGACAUCGGAACCGACAGUCUCACCAUCGAACCUCUGAAGCAGAGAGGAAAGACGUUUUUAGCUGCCAUCAACCAGGUCUUUCCAGCUGAGGAUGACGUCAACAAGCACGUGGAGGAUAACUGUUCUUUGAUGUACUUGAAUGAAGCCACGCUGCUCAACAACGUCCGUGUGAGAUACAGCAAAGAUAAAAUUUAUACUUUUGUAGCCAACAUCCUCAUUGCCGUCAACCCGUACUAUGACAUCCCAAAGCUUUACUCUCCAGAGACUAUCAAGCAGUACCAGGGCCGCUCGCUGGGAACGCUGCCGCCGCACGUCUACGCCAUCGCUGACAAGGCGUACAGGGACAUGAAGGUCCUGAAGAUGAGCCAGUCCAUCAUCGUCUCCGGGGAGUCUGGGGCCGGCAAGACGGAGAACACCAAGUUUGUGCUCAGGUACUUGACAACCUCGUACGGCACUGGUCAGGAUAUCGACGAGAGAAUAGUGGAAGCAAACCCGUUGCUGGAAGCUUUCGGAAACGCCAAAACUGUGCGCAACAACAACAGCAGUCGCUUUGGGAAGUUUGUGGAAAUCCACUUUAAUGAGAAGAACGCCGUGGUGGGCGGCUUCGUGUCCCACUACCUGCUGGAGAAGUCGAGGAUCUGCAGACAAGGCCCCGAGGAGAGAAACUACCACAUCUUCUACCGACUGUGCGCCGGAGCCUCCGAGGACAUCAGGCAGAAGUUCCACCUCAGCUCCCCGGACACGUUCAGGUACCUGAACAGAGGAUGCACUCGGUUCUUCGCCAGCAAAGACACGGACAAGCAGAUCCUGCAGAACCGCAAGAGCCCAGAGCACCUGAAGGCGGGGCCUCUGAAGGACCCGCUGCUCGACGACCACGGCGACUUCCACCGCAUGUGUGUGGCCAUGAAGAAGAUCGGCCUGGACGACGCCGAGAAGCUGGACCUGUUCAGAGUGGUGGCCGGGGUGCUGCACCUGGGCAACAUCGACUUCGAGGAGGCCGGGAGCACGUCGGGUGGCUGCGCCAUCAAGAACCAGUCGAGCCAAACCCUGGAGAGCUGCGCCGAGCUGCUGGGCCUGGAGGAGGAGGACCUGCGAGUCAGCCUCACCACCCGGGUCAUGCUGACCACAGCAGGGGGCGCCAAAGGAACAGUCAUCAAAGUGCCGCUCAAAGUGGAGCAGGCCAACAACGCCCGCGACGCGCUGGCCAAGGCCGUGUACAGCCGCCUCUUCGACCACGUGGUGACCAGAGUCAACCAGUGCUUCCCCUUCCACUCGUCGGCCAACUUCAUCGGCGUCCUGGACAUCGCCGGCUUCGAGUACUUUGAACACAACAGCUUCGAGCAGUUCUGCAUCAACUACUGUAACGAGAAACUGCAGCAGUUCUUCAACGAGCGCAUCCUGAAGGAGGAGCAAGAGCUGUACCAGAAGGAGGGGCUCGGCGUCAACGAGGUCCACUAUGUGGACAAUCAGGACUGUAUAGACCUGGUGGAGGCGAAGCUGGUCGGGAUCCUGGACAUCCUGGACGAAGAGAACCGACUACCUCAACCCAGCGACCAGCACUUCGCCGACACGGUUCACAACAAGCACAAGAACCACUUCCGCCUGACUGUUCCCAGGAAGUCGAAGCUGGCCGUGCACAGGAACGUGAGGGACGACGAAGGAUUCAUUAUCAGACACUUUGCAGGAGCCGUGUGCUACGAGACGACCAAGUUUGUGGAGAAGAACAACGACGCGCUGCACAUGUCCCUGGAGUGUCUGGUCAGCGAGUCCAAGGACCGCUUCAUCCGCGAGCUCUUCGAAAACUCCAACAACAGCAAAGACGGGAAACAGAAGGCGGGAAAGCUCAGCUUCAUCAGCGUUGGCAACAAAUUCAAGACCCAGCUGAACCUCCUCCUGGACAAGCUUCGCAGCACGGGCUCCAGCUUCGUCCGCUGCAUUAAGCCGAACCUGAAGAUGAUCAGCCACCAGUUUGAGGGAGCUCAAAUUCUGUCGCAACUGCAGUGCUCGGGCAUGGUGUCGGUGCUGGACCUGAUGCAGGGCGGCUUCCCGUCCAGAGCUCCCUUCCACGAACUCUACAACAUGUACCAGAAGUACAUGCCUGCCAAGCUCACCCGCCUCGACCCGCGCCUCUUCUGCAAGGCUCUGUUCAAAGCUCUGGGACUGAAUGAGAACGACUACAAGUUCGGUCUGACCAAAGUGUUCUUCCGGCCCGGAAAGUUUGCAGAGUUCGACCAGAUCAUGAAGUCGGACCCGGACCACCUGGCUGAGCUGGUGAAGAAGGUGAACAAGUGGCUGAUCCACAGCCGCUGGAAGAAAGUCCAGUGGUGCGGUCUGUCCGUCAUCAAGUUGAAGAACAAGAUUCUGUAUCGGACCAGCGCCUGCAUCAAGAUGCAGAAGACGGUUCGCAUGUGGCUCUGCAGGAAGAAGCACAAGCCUCGGAUCGACGGGCUGGUCAAGGUGCGGAACCUGAAGAACAGGAUGGGCCGAUUCACCGAGGUGGUGGCCGGGCUGAAGGAGGGCAAACAGGAGAUGAGCAAACAGGCCCAGGAGCUGGAGGCCGCCAUCGAUGCCCUGAUGCUCCGGAUCAAGAGCACCGUCAUGACCCGGAUCGACAUCGACCAUGAGUACAAGGCGCUGGUGACCCGGUCGGAGCAGCUCCUGACAGCCAUGCAGAACAAGAAGAAGGAGGAGGAGGAGCGGGAGCGGCUGCGGCGCAUCCAGGAGGAGAUGGAGAGAGAGAGGAAGAGGAGGGAGGAGGAGGAGCAGCGGCGCAAGCAGGAGGAGGAGGAGCGGCGGCUAAAAGCAGAGAUGGAGCUGAAGAGGAGGCAGGAGGAGGAGGAGAGGAAGAGGAUGGAGGAGGAAGAGCGGAGGAUCCAGAUGGAGAUGGAGCUGCAGCUGCAGGCCGAGCGCGAGGAGGAGGCCGCCCGCCAGGCCGUGCUGGAGCAGGAGAGGAGGGACCGGGAGCUGGCGCUGAGGAUCGCCCAGAGCGAGGCCGAGCUCAUCCCCGAGGAGGCGCAGAACGACGCCGGCCUGCGCAGUAAUGGCUCCUCAGUUCCAUCGUCCCCAGAGCGAGCAGCCUCGUUGGGAUCCGCGCAGCUCAAGAGUUUGACCAUGGAGGAAAUGGCCAAGGAAAUGACUGAGCUCCUGGCUAGAGGUCCACAGGUCCAGGCCUCCAAGGCCGCCGCCGGCGCCAAGAAGUACGAGCUGAGCAAGUGGAAGUACGCUGAGCUGCGAGACGCCAUCAACACCUCAUGUGACAUCGAGCUGCUCGCCGCCUGCAGGGAGGAGUUUCACCGCCGGCUCAAGGUCUACCACGCCUGGAAGUCCAAGAACAAGAAGAGGAACACGGAGUCGGAGCAGCGCGCGCCCAAGUCCGUCACCGACUACGGUCAUGCUCCUCCCGUGAGAACAGCAUCCCAGCAGAACCCGGCGCCGCCCAUACCUGCGCGGCAGUACGAGGUGGCCAUGAACCGGCAGCAGCGCUACUUCCGCAUCCCGUUCAUCCGGCCGGGCGACCAGUACAAGGACCCGCAGAGCAAGAAGAAGGGCUGGUGGUACGCUCACUUCGACGGGCCCUGGAUCGCCAGGCAGAUGGAGCUGCACCCGGACAAGCACCCCAUCGUCCUGGUGGCAGGGAAGGACGACAUGGAGAUGUGUGAGCUGAGCCUGGAGGAGACGGGUCUGUCCAGGAAACGGGGGGCGGAGAUCCUCCCGCGUCAGUUCGAGGAGAUCUGGGAGCGCUGCGGCGGCGUCCAGUACCUGCGCAGCGCCAUCGAGAGCCGGCAGGCGCGGCCCACCUACGCCACGGCCGUGCUGCAGAGCACGCUGAAGUGACGGGCCGGGCCGGUCCGGGCCGGUCCGUCCAGCGCUAUGCAGGAAACCACCACCACCACCACAUCAGACGUUUCCACCAGUCUAACUACGAGGCCUUAAUUCUGCUGUAACAGGGUUUGUUCAGACUCUGACACCUCUUAACAACCAGCUGGUGACCCACUCAACCCGUUUACACGUCUGCCAGUUGUUUUCUGCUGCAUGAACCGAUUAUUCACUCAUACCUGCUAAUACCUUGUUUGACCUUUUGUCUUUCCAACUGAAUGUAAGUUGAGACCUUGAUUUGAUUCCAUGUGAUUCUGGACCAAACCUUUGCCAUGUUUUGGGAGCAGAGCAGUAAUUCAGCUCCAUGAUUCGUUUCUGUACUUUUAUCAAGCAAAGCGGAAAAUGUGAAUUAAUUAUGCAACUGCUGAUCAGCACUGCAAAAAACGCCCUGGAUAAGCCAUGUCAGCUCGUCGGGUCCACGCCGGGCCCGGGCUGGUCCUCCAUUUGAAUCCAGCCGGUGCAGAGAUGAUUCCUCCGCCUUGAACUGGACUUCCACCAACGGCUGUUAUUCCUCCAAACGCUCUGGAGCUGAUGAUAUGCAGAAAACUCUGAGGUUUGCUGGAAGCUGGGUCCCACCCGGGUUCCACCUGGGUUCUCCCCAGGGUUCCGUCUGGGUCCCACCCGGGUCCCACCCGGGUUCCGUCUGGGUUCUCCCCAGGGUUCCGUCUGGGUCCCACCCGGGUUCCACCUGGGUUCUCCCCAGGGUUCCGUCUGGGUCCCACCCGGGUUCCACCCAGGUUCCACCUGGGUCCCACACGGCUUCCAUCUGGGUUCUCCCCAGGGUUCCGUCUGGGUCCCACCCGGGUUCCACCUGGGUUCUCCCCAGGGUUCCGUCUGGGUCCCACCCAGGUUCCAGCCGGUGUAAAGGCGUCUGGAGGCUUGGAGGCGUCUUCAGACCAGCUCAGGUCUGGAGGUCCACUCUGGUUCUGAGGAAGCUCCUGAAGCCCACGCUGUAGAUCUGUACUCACAGAAGUUUUGAUCCCAGUGAAGAUGCUUCCUCCCACCUCUGUGGCUGCUUUCCCUGUAAUAUCACAUUGGAGAACACCACCGCAUCAGCUCAGACAAACUCGUGAGGUUUAAACAGACUUCCCUCAGCUGACACCGGCAGAACCUCGGGCCGGGCCGAGCCGAGCCUCGGUGUCGGCGAGUAACCAAGUACAAUCCUUCCGCCUGCGUCCACUGUCAUUUUUCUAACGCUGAUCUAACAGAUGAAUAAAUUCAUUCCAGUCUCACUCA